UUAGCUGACUCUCCCGCCUUUGGCCAGCUGCGAGAGUGACUGGUUUUUAAUGUGAGCAGGUGGGCCUGACCCAGGCUGCAGCAGGGGCCCCAGCUCAGGGAGGUGGCGGGGAGAAAAGCAGAAGAGCUGGCAGAUUGCAGGUAGGUGCAGCACAGCUCCUAACAGCCUCUGAACAAGACUCUUGGGUGAUCACAAGCAGGCGGAGCCUCACCUGGGCUGAGGCUCACCUGUCCCAACAAGCUGGCCUGGGAGGAGGAAGGAAGGCAGGCGGGCGCAGGCAGCAGACUGCAGGGCUCUUGCCAGCCUUGGAGUGCCUCAGGCCUAUUUCCCCCAGCUUCCUAUGAGGAACCGGUUCAGGAGCAGGUUGGCCCUGGGUGUUUGACUUCUGACAAGGAAAAGGCAGUCCGUCCUGGAGGAGACUGGAGGAAGGACACUUGCCUCUCCCCAGCCCAGUUCCCUGGCAACGUGGCCCUCCUGCCCUGGCUGCAACAAGGCAUCCAGUGGUGAUGAUGACCCACCCCAGAUGCCACAGAUGAGAACCAGGUGGUGACAUCUCUGGGGACAACCAUGGCUGUCCAGGUGCUUCAGCAGGCGGCGCUGUUCCUACUGAGUCUGCUCUUCCUGGUGCAAGGUGCCCACGGUGGCGGUCCCCGGGAAGACUUCCGCUUCUGUGGCCAGCGGAACCAGACCCAGAAGAGCGACCUCCAGUAUGAGCAGACGCCGGAGCUGCGGAUCACCAUCAGCAACUCAGAAGAGGCCCUCACCAUCCGGGCCCCCUUUCCCGCUGCCCCUGAGGCCUCUCGGGCCUUCCCAGAGCCCAGGGGCAUCUACCACUUCUGCCUGUACUGGAGCCGUCAGUCUGGGAAGUUCCACCUGCGUUAUGGCAAGAAUGAUUUUCUGCUCAGUGACCAGGCCUCCAGCCUCCUCUGCUUCCGGCAUCAGGAGAGCCAGGCGCAGGGGCCCCCACUGCUGGCUACCUCCAUCAGCUCCUGGAGGAACCCCGAGAACACCAGCCUGCCUGGGGCUUCCAGCUUCACCUUCGCCUUCCAUAAGCCCCAUCACGCCUCCCACAACACAUCAGCCUCAGUGGACAUGUGCGAGCUGAAGAGUGUCCUCCUACGGCUCAGCCAGCUCCUGCAGCAGCCACACAAGGCCUCCAGGAGGCCCUCGGCCACCCUGGCCAGCAAGCAGCUGCAGAGCCUGGAGUCAAAGCUGGCCGCUGUGAGCUUCCCGGGGGACAAGGUGUCCUUUGAGGAGGACCGAGUCAACGCCACCAUAUGGAAGCUGUGGCCUUCCGCCGGCCUCCAGGACCUCCACAUCCACUCCCGGCAGGAGGAGGAGCAGAGUGAGGUCCGGGAGUACUCCGUGCUGCUGCCCCGCGCCCUCUUUCAGCAGACCAAAGGCCGGCGCGGAGAGGCGGCCAAGAGACUGCUCAUGGUGGACUUCAGCAGCCAGGCUCUGUUUCAGGACAAAAAUUCCAGCCAAGUCUUGGGCGAGAAGGUCUUGGGCAUCGUUGUUCAGGACACCAAAGUCUCCAACCUCUCAGAGCCGGUGGUGCUCACCUUCCAGCACCAGCCCCAGCCAAACAACAUCACCCUCCAGUGCGUUUUCUGGGUUGAAGAUGCAGCACCCGGCAGCCCCGGGAGCUGGAGCAGCGAUGGGUGUGAGACUGUCAGGGGAGAAACUCAGACGUCCUGUCUCUGCAGCCACUUGACCUACUUCGCAGUGCUGAUGGUGUCCUCAGUGGAGGUGGACGCCACCCACAAGCACUACCUCACGCUCCUGUCCUACGUGGGCUGCGUCAUCUCUGCCCUGGCCUGCGUCUUCACCAUUGCUGCCUACCUGUGCUCCAGCAGGAGGAAACCUAGAGACUACACCAUCAAGGUGCACAUGAACCUGCUCCUGGCUGUCUUCCUGCUGGACGUGAGCUUCCUGCUUAGUGAGCCGGUCGCGCUGUCAGGCUCCCAGGCUGCCUGCCGAGCCAGCGCCAUCUUCCUGCACUUCUCCCUGCUGGCCUGCCUGGCCUGGAUGGGCUUGGAGGGCUACAACCUCUACCGCCUCGUCAUCGAGGUCUUCGGCACCUACGUCCCUGGCUACCUGCUCAAGCUGAGCGCCGUGGGCUGGGGCUUUCCCGUCUUCCUGGUGACGCUGGUGGCUCUGGUGGACGUGAACAACUACGGCCCCAUCAUCCUGGCAGUGCACCGGACUCCAGAGCGGGUCAGCUACCCUUCCAUGUGCUGGAUCCGUGACUCCCUGGUCAGCUACAUCACCAACCUGGGCCUCUUCAGCCUGGUGUUCCUGUUCAACAUGGCCAUGCUGAUCACCAUGGUGGUGCAGAUCCUGCGGCUGCGGCCACACAACCAGAAGUGGCCCCACGUGCUGACCCUGCUGGGCCUCAGCCUGGUCCUUGGCCUGCCCUGGGCCUUGGUCUUCUUCUCCUUUGCUUCUGGCACCUUCCAACUUGUGGUUCUCUAUCUCUUCAGCAUCAUCACCUCCUUCCAAGGCUUCCUCAUCUUCCUCUGGUACUGGUCCAUGCGGCUGCAGGCCCGGGGAGGUCCUUCUCCUCUGAAAAACAGCUCAGACAGCGCCCGGCUCCCCAUCAGCUCCGGCAGCACCUCGUCCAGCCGCGCCUAAACACCCCAGCGUCCACCCUGUGUGAGGGCAGAGACAUGGCUCCCCCAUUGUCUACAGCCACCGCUGGGCUCAGCCUACCACUGGGCAGUGGCAGACUGGAGAAGGCCCUGUUCCCUGGAUGGAUGAAUGGAUGGAUGGAGCAGUUGCCAUGGUAACCAGAUGCCCACCUGGCCUUGAGGACCACUCAGCUCCCAGUUCCAACUUCCAAGGAUUCAGGACUAUGCUGCCAUGCUGGUGGGAAGGAUGUCCCCACGACUGAUCAAACCUAGGACUCAGGCCUUGUUUCUCCUGACUUCCCUGAGCUCAGCUGACUCCACAGCAUCAGGGCCAGGCUUGGAUGUUAGAUGCCCAGACACAGCUACCCAGGCUGUUACUACUCUGAACCAGUCACCACACAGCAUUCUGCAGCCCUGGUCCUUUUAAUUUGGGCAGCAGCAAGGACAUGUAGAGCUGGACAGAGAGUUGGGCUGGAGUCCUGCAGGUGGUGAGGCCCUCCUUCAAAGGCUACCUCAGAGCCCAGAGCCUCUCCCUCCACCAGAUUCCCAGAGCCCCUUUUUUCCCUGCUCCCCUCCUGAGCUUCCCCUACCCUCUGCCCACAGCCUGGGGCCUCCAGUUCCAAUGCUGUUACUUUGGGAAGCUAUUCCCACCCAGCCUCCUGGUGCCUGCUGUAAACUACCGUGGCUUCAUGAGCUUUGGAUGUCUCUCGUAUGGACACCUGGGCGGGGCCAUGUGGCCUGUGUGUCAGUGCUGUCCUUGAUCACCCCUCAGAGGAGCCCUCCUGUGGCAAGAACUAUGGGACAGUCCUGGCACUCUAGAAGACUGGCACAUUCCUUCUGCUGACCCUAGUUUGAGCCAGACUUCUCACCUAUAAGGUGGUCUUCAAAUCCCUGCAGAUGGCUGCCUGUCAUGGGGGACUCUGCCCAACACUUAUUCACCACUCACCAGCCUGUGUUAGGGUGGCAGGGACACAGAUAGACAGACCUGGUGGGCUCUUCCUGCAAACUCAGCUUAGAAUACAAGGCCCUGGGGCUAUAGGUACAAGGUAGGAGCCAAUACUCUUUGAUGGGCAUUUAGGAAAUCUUCCUGGAAGAGGCAGCAUUUCAUCUUGACCUCAGCCUUCAAGAUGAAGACUGUUCUUUUUAAGUGUCAGUUUGUUCAUCUUAUUUUGAUGUGGUUUUUUUUUUUGGUGGGGGGAGAGGGGAAACAGAGCUAUAGAGCCUCAGGCUGAUCCCUCUUGCCUCUGCCUUCUGAGAGCUGGGAUUAUAGGUGUUGACCACCAUGCUCAGCACUCAUUUGUCUUUUGAUAUUAAAAAGGAGUAUGUGUUUAUUGUAGAGAAUCUGGAAACUGUAGAAGAUUGUCAAGAGG